UCAUUUGCGCUUCCGCUCCUGUGGUCAACGAGGAGGCUCCAUCGUUCCAUCAUGUCUUCCCUAUUUAUGUAAGCUGUUUGUUGCCGUGGCACCACAGCUAGAAGGAAGCUGCCCAACUGUCGGUAUGUCAAUGUCAACGUUUCAAAAGGUGACCCUCGCGACGUGCCUCGUGCUGUGCGUCGCGCUGCUCCUUCCCAAGAUGCUGUUAACCAGAGGGAGGAAAGAGGCUGCCGAGCGGCCAGAAGGCUCAGGCCGUUUCCCUCCCAUGGUGCAUCGUCAGAUGGCUCCAGAGGGCCGCAGCCAGAGGGCAGCUGCAUCCGGAUUCUCCAGGGCCCACAACUCCGAGGCCAUAGCCAGGGCUAAAGGAGUGGGGGCAGGGACCGGAACCGGAACCGGAGGCAAAUCCAACCUGGCAGGACAGAUCAUCCCUGUGUACGGCUUUGGCAUCUUACUGUACAUCCUCUACAUUUUAUUUAAGAUCACAUCUAAAGGGAACAACAAGCCUUCAGCAAGAACUUGUCCUCCACAUCGCGCUGAGAACAUGAAGAGGAAGAUCACCGACUUUGAACUCGCCCAGCUGCAGGAGAAGCUCAGGGAGACGGAGCUGGUGAUGGAGAACAUCGUUUCCAGCGCCCAUCACAGUCCUGACAGGGUGGCAGGGGUGACCGCAGACCAGGAGGAGAGUCUUCUGCAGCAGCUGUCGGAGAUAACUCGAGUGAUGCAGGAGGGACAGCUGGUGGAGGGGAUCCUCCCGGAGAAGAAGGUCCAGGAAGACUGGGACAAUUAUCCAGAGGAACCUGAUCCGUGUUGGGACGGUACCCAGUGCUGUUGUCAGCACAGUCCAAAAGGAGAAUCCGACACAGUUAGGACAGAAGACGUUUUGGACAACCAGAUGGAAAACCUUCCUGGUGAUUUUAUAGGUGCAAGAGAUGCUGAACCGAGCCAGAAGGAGUCUGAGGAAGGUGUAAAAGAGGAGGAGUUAGAGCAUCAGCACAAUAUGGAAGGUGGUGAGCUUGAUCUGGGCUUCCCAGAGGGGCACAUGGGUGGAGUCCUCAAGGAUCUGGACCUAAAGGUGACAUCUAUGUUAGAGCAGGAGAAAGUGAAGGACAUCACCCGACCUGUGGAGACUGAAACAUCCAGUAGCUCAGUCAGACGGAGGAACAAGAGAAGAAAGGCCAAGAAAGCUGCACCCUGACUCCACCAAGAUGUUUGGAAACGUUGGCCUUGGCUCGCUGUACGGGGCUGACUCUCUUCAUUUCUGUCCUCACCAGAUGGGCAGUAGCAUGACAGCUGGUGGUAGCAUGAAGAAAAACAAUCACCAGCCUAAGCAAUCUUUACUUGAACUGUAAAACAGAAGAAACUGAGAAUUCUGGGCCCGGUUCUACUGAAACGUUUCGUAUCUUACAGUAGCUUUUAAACUGUUUAUCAAGCUAAUUAACAUUGACUGUGAUCCAUCAAGCUAUCUAUGAGCUCUACGCAGGCUUACAUCCACUCAUCAUUGGCAUGAAUGUCAUUAAAUGUGGGCUUUUAAUGAUUUAUUGGAUAUUCUCUAUUUACAGAGUGGAAUAAUCAUAGAACCAGGGCUGGCCUGAGGUAGAAGCAAUAACAUGGGGCCCCCUGGUGGCCGGAGGACCCUAAGGAAACUUUGUACCACACAGAGCACAUACAAAGGGAAACCUUCAUAGCUGGAAGUUUAUGCCAACAAUAAACCCAAAUUCAACACUUCA